GGAAAAGGAAACUACACCCAGCAACGUAUAAUCGAGCUGCACAACCAUCCCUUGCAUGUGGCAAGCACUACCCGUAUUUCAGCAUGCAACGCCGAUCCUCAGACAAUGCCACAAACAACCCCAUCACACAGUCAAAUACAAGCAAUGCCGUCCACCAACUACUCGACCACAGAUCUUCCUCCGGUCCUGCGUCGCCAGCUGUCCGCUAUACCGCCCGCACACCUUGACGAAAUCAUCUCGCUGGCUCUUGAAGCCACAGCACAUGACCCCAGCAUUGACUUCCUCGCCGCUGUGAAGGCGCUCUGGCGCUGCAACGCGCACAAUCCCCGAUCGUACGGCGCGAUGAGCGAGGACCCGUCGGACAGUGAGCGUGAGCCCCACGCCGAAACCAUAGUCCAGGGCGAAGAAAAAGUGCGAUCAGACAAUCAGCAUCGAUCGCAAGCUCAAGAUCUGGAUGAGGGCAAGUCUCACGAUCAAAGAACGAGAUAUACCUACGAUCUCGACACCGAAAUGCCCGACGCUCCCUCGCCCACACCGUCACCACCAGCCUCGCCCUCACAAUCUACACCAAAACCGCAGACACCAUCCCCAUCUCUAAGUACCUCGCAGGCCAAACCUGCAGCCGCGGUCUCUUCCCAGCCGUCAGAUGACACAUCCACGCCCCCAUCCCAGCACAUCCAUCACCACCAGCGCCAGUCCCACAACCGCGCGCGCAUUCUCGCCUUCCUUCGCAACCGCACGCACCCGUCUGUUAACACGGCGAACAUGAGCUGGCAGCGCCGCGAGCAGCUCGCGCUCGCGCAGUCGUAUCUGCAGGCGUUCGACCUGUGGCCGCAUGCACGCAGCAGCGAGAAGAGGUGUGAGGGAUUGUUGACGAGGUAUGGGAAUCUUUGA